AUGUAUCGCAGUGUCGUUGCGCUUUGGUGCAUAGCUGUCUCGGCCGUCGCAGCGACGCCGCUCACGUCGCAGGCGGCAGCCCAUCAAAUCCACGCGUUGCCGCACUACGACGCCAAGCAUCCGAUCGACUUUCGCCACUUUGCCGGCCAUCUCGCGCUGCCCUCGAACAGCCAAAAGAUGUUUUACUGGCAUGUUGAAUCGCAGUCGGCGCCGUCGACCGACCCUCUCGUGCUCUGGCUCAACGGCGGGCCUGGCUGCUCGUCGCUCGGCGGCUUCUUCACUGAGAUCGGGCCGUUCGUCGUCCAGCGCGGUCUCAACGUCAAGCGCAACCCGUACACGUGGGCGCGCAAGGCCAACUUGAUCUUUCUCGAGUCGCCAUCGGGCGUUGGUUUCAGCACGCCCGUGCUCAAUGCGACCGAGUACAACGACGACGUGACGACCGACCGCGCGUACGAGUUCCUGACGCAGUUUCUUGGCACGUACCCGCACUUGAGCGGCCGCGACUUUUACAUCACGGGCGAGAGCUACGCCGGUGUCUACAUCCCGUACCUCGUCGCGAAGCUCGUGUCGGCGCCGAUUCCCGGCAUUCACCUCAAGGGAUACGCGAUUGGGAACCCGUUCACGGACGCCAAGAUCGACGGCAACGCCUACAUGGACUACUACUACGCCCACGCGCUCAUCUCGAUGGAGAGCUACGACGACAUCGUCGCUUCCUGCGCAGACGAGCUCUCCGAGUGCAUGUUCUCGACGGCCAACUGCUCGGCGGCGUGCCAAGACGCGGUGGCGAGCACGCCGAUCACGUCCGACGCGUCCUACUUCAACCCAUACUACAUUUACGGCGACGUGUGUCUCAUCACGAACGGCCAAGGCGACUUGCUGCACCUCCACCGCGCGCGGAGCUUGCAGCCCAUGCACCGCGGCAAGGUCGGGCCGUGCACCGACCGGUACACGCAAGACUAUCUCAACCUCAAGAGCGUGCAGAGAGCGCUUCACAUCGAAGGCGACGUCACAUGGAGCGACUGCAACAUGAACAUUGCCGAGGUCUACAGCCGGGCAUCGUCGGCGUUGCCCAAGUACGAACGCAUCCUCUCCUCUGAUAUCUCGGCACUCAUCUACAGCGGCGACGCGGACGCGGUUGUCAACUUCAUUGGCACCGAGCGCUGGAUUGGGCGCGCCGACGGACUGCACCUCAACGUCACGUCGCCCUGGGCGGCGUGGUUUGGCCCUGACAAGCAGCUCGCGGGCUACUCGCAAGACUACGAGCACCUCACGUUCAAGACCGUCAAGGGGGCCGGCCACAUGGUGCCCGCGAUUCGACCACUCCAUGCGCUCUACAUGUUCGAGUGCUUUGUGUACGGCCAAGCGAAUUGCGAUACAUUUGCGUACCCCAAGGACAACUUGGAGUAUUUGACGGGCGCCGAGCAGCCGAGCGACAGCGAUUCGAUCGUCGUGACCGCCGGCUUGCGUGCGUCGACGUCGUCAUCGGCCUCGUCGAACUGGGCCAUGCUUCUGGGCACGCUCUCGGGCGUAGCAUGCUUCAGUCUUCUCCAAGUGCUGUCGACCCGCCGGACGCGCGCCACGUACCACGACCUGAGCCAGCGCAUGGAAGCGCACCGCGUGUAUUAGUAUAGUCAAGUUGCAUAACGCGUGUUGCAUUUUGUCUA